AUGUCGUACUCUUUAUCUGAAACUCACAAGCACUUGGUCGAGGACCGUUUGGCAGAUAGCGACCCGGAGGUCGAUGGAAUUAUCAAGGCUGAAGUCGACAGACAAAAGCACUCCAUUGUAUUGAUUGCCAGUGAAAAUUUCACCACUAAAGCAGUGUUUGAUGCUUUGGGAACCCCCAUGUGUAACAAAUACUCAGAGGGGUACCCUGGUGCAAGAUACUAUGGUGGUAAUGAGCAAAUUGAUAAGAUGGAAAUUUUAUGUCAGGAGAGAGCAUUGAAGGCUUUCAAUGUUACCCCUGAUAAGUGGGGUGUAAAUGUGCAAACGUUGUCCGGAUCUCCAGCAAACUUGCAAGUUUACCAAGCCAUCAUGAAGCCACAUGAAAGAUUGAUGGGAUUGGACUUGCCACAUGGAGGUCACUUAUCGCAUGGUUACCAGACCGAUUCUAGAAAGAUUUCUGCUGUCUCAACCUACUUUGAGACUAUGCCUUACAGAGUGGAUUUGGAAACUGGAUUGAUUGAUUACGAAAUGUUGGAGAAGACUGCUAUCUUGUACAGACCUAAGGUUUUGGUGGCUGGCACUUCCGCUUACUGUCGUUUGAUCGAUUACAAAAGAAUGCGUGAGAUUGCUGACAAGGUCGGUGCUUACUUGGUUGUCGACAUGGCACAUAUUUCUGGUUUAGUUGCUGCUGGUGUCAUACCCUCUCCAUUUGAGUAUGCUGAUAUUGUGACCACUACCACUCACAAGUCCUUGAGAGGCCCAAGAGGAGCAAUGAUCUUUUUCAGAAGAGGUGUUAGAUCUAUCAACCCCAAGACAGGACAGGAGGUGUUGUAUGAUUUGGAAAACCCAAUUAACUUUUCUGUUUUUCCUGGACAUCAAGGCGGCCCACACAAUCACACGAUUGCUGCAUUGGCUACUGCUCUCAAACAAGCUGCUACCCCCGAGUUCAAGGAAUACCAAGAACAAGUGUUGAAGAAUGCAAAGGUCUUGGAAGAAGAGUUCAUUAAGAAAGGAUACAAGUUGGUCUCCAAUGGAACUGAUUCUCACAUGGUUUUGGUUUCUUUGAGAGAUAAACAAAUCGAUGGAGCUAGAGUUGAGACCAUCUGUGAACGAAUCAACAUCGCAUUGAACAAGAACUCUAUUCCAGGUGAUAAGUCUGCUUUGGUUCCAGGAGGUGUCAGAAUCGGUGCACCUGCAAUGACCACGAGAGGUUUGGGAGAGGAGGAUUUCAAGAAGAUUGUGGGUUACAUCGACUUUGCUGUUAAUUACGCUAAAGAAAUCCAGUCCAAGUUACCAAAGGAGGCUAACAAAUUAAAGGACUUCAAGCAGAAGGUCUUGCACGGUGAAGAUGCCAAAUUAGAUGCCGUGAAAUCCGAAAUUUCCCAAUGGGCUGGUGAAUUUCCAUUGUCUGUUUAG